AUGAGUAAUAACAAAAAGUGGUGGAAUCCUUCUGAUGAAUUACCACCGCCAUCGAUGCGAGACAAAUAUAUUCCUAAUCCUUUACAAAAAUUUUCAUCUCAUAAGCAUGAAUCCAACAGUGAUUUAAGAAAUUCUAAAGUAUGUGGAAAUCAAAAUCAUUCUUUGGCAUUAAAAAGUAUGGAAGAACGAGCACGAAGGUUGCGAAUGAAUGCAGAAGAUAAGAAUAUACCUUCAGUUACUAAUAUAGAAGAACGACUUGCAAAGCUACGUGGUGUUUCGGUAGAAGAUAUCAGACAUCCCAGGGUUUUUGUUUUGGACCAAAAUAAGUAUCAAGAAGAUGAAGUUGAGAACUUGAUGAGACAAGCAAAAGAUAACGCCAAAAUAGAUAAGAAGUGGAGUCAAGAUCUUGAAAGUACAAAAUAUUCAUAUGAUUUAAGCAGUAUACCAUCGACAUCCAAUGCAGACAUAUUAAUAGAUAGCGACACGAUUGGAAAUUUAAGGGAUUUGCAUCAAACAUUAAAGUUAGCUAAACAACAAAGCAUAGAAGCGGCUGAUUUGAUCGAUGCGAGUACUAAUGAUAAAUCAGUGGACGAGGAGAUUGAAAAAUUACUAAAGCAGACCAAACAAAACUCUGUGAAAUCGAAGAAAAUAAAUAAGGAAUUUAACAAAUUUUUUGAACAAAGAUUACAACGCGAAAUAUCUCAUGAGUCAAGUUCGGAAAGUGAAAAUUCAUCUGAUAGUGCUGAAAUUGAUGACAAAAUGACAAAAGUACAUACAUUCUUCUUACCUUUGCAAAUUGAUUAUACUGCAAGCGCAACAGGCAAAAAAAGUGAAGAAAAACCAGAAAAAAGAUGCAAAGAAGAGUAA